AUGCCCAUUCCUCUGCUGAGAGGUGACCCGACGAGUUUUGGCAGUUCAUAUGAUUUCACACUUUCCCCACAAGAGGCCAAUCAGCCUGAUCUCGACUCCAGAACCCUACCAAACGUCAACAGACAUUCGGCUGGCUCACUGCUUGUGCUUGAUAUUUUCUUAGCUGCCAAUAAGCAGCCUGUCCAACCGUCGUCGGGACCGGAUCCAGCCGGUUCAAAGGGAUCGGAAGACCAGCUGGUGGCCUCGACUCCAAAUCUCAGCCAUUCCAACUCAUCCUCUGCCCUUUCUUAUGUAUCUUCGACUCAACCUCCUUCCUUCACUUCCUCAAGGGCAGCAGAUUCGGCCACCUGUGUUUCUAUUCAACUUCCACUUGAUAUGGCGAUGCCGCUUCCUCUACCUUUACCCUCUACAGCCAACAGCUCUGAUCCGUUAAUCUCUCGCAGAUGCGCUUGCCCAAACUUGUUCGAAUUGGCUGAUGAUGGUGUUUUCUGUCUACGUGAGUUCUGUGUUAGUUCGCGACUGCUUGGUUUCAUCAGGAAGGGGCACUGGUGCUCACUGGUGCACCAGGUAACUUUAUCUUCUCGAAAAUGA